UUUUUGGGGGGGGGUGGGGGUUGGGGAGAAAGAAAAACAGAUCCCGUGUGUUUAUGUCACAGCCAACUGUUCAUAGUGUGAUACAAUGCUCCAGUCGUCCGAGAACCAAACACCAGCUCUUUUUGGUGAGGAGAGAGACAUCGUAGUGUUGCAUGACCUUCUUGCAUUGGAAGGGAACAACCUUGUUGACAGGAGAUCACAGCAGACAGGACACUAUCUCAUUCCAGGGCUCCUGUAAGAGCCACUUUUUGCUUCACACCCAAAUGAAGUUAACUGCCUCCACAGAAGCAGCACUCACAGAGGACUCUACCUGUAGCCGGGACUCCUGUGCACUGUGCUGGGCUCCAGUAGCCCACCCAUGCCUGUGAUCCCCAUCCCACGGCGGGUGCGCAGCUUCCAUGGCCCCCACACCACCUGCAUGCACUCGGCCUGUGGGUCGACGCACGCUUCCAAGCUAGUGCACACCAAGUACAAUAACUUUGACCUGUACCUGCGCUCACGCUGCAUGUACAGCUUCCUCCGGUUUCUCCUCUACUUUGGCUGCAGUCUGCUGACCUCUCUGCUCUGGGUGGCGCUCUCCGCUCUCUUCUUCCUGCAGUACGUCAGCGUGCGCGUACUCCUGCGGCUGCAGUACAAGCUGUCUGUCAUCCUGCUGUUGUUAGGGCACAGGCGCCUGGACUUUGGGGUCCUUAAUGACCUGAUCAUCUACAGCAUGCAGAUCACCAUGUUUCUGGUGGGGGGGCUCGGUUGGUGCUUCAUGGUGUUUGUGGACAUGUAGCUGCGAUGUGAGUGGUGGUGGGAAAUGUAGUGUAUGAUUUGGAUGCUUCACACUGUAACUGCAGCCUCGUGUGUUGUUGUUAUGGGACACAACAACACACUCUGUGUCGCUCUCGGCUCUAGACUAAAGACCCCUUUGAUUUCAACUCUAAAUCGAAUUGGUUUAGUUUCAGAUAUGAUCAAAUCCAGUAAGAAUCUUUGUAACAUCUGUGUGUACAGUCCUUAAAAAUGUUGGUCCUGUAUAACUCAGACACAACCUGGUUGCUGUUUAAUAUUCAAAAUUGUCCGUGAGGUCAGUCUAAAUAUGAGUCAGCCUCAAAAUCUCUAUUUUCAUGUCAUUUGUAAACUGUUUCCACAAAUUUUAAAGGGCAUCUUGACUAGAAACUCAUUUGUUUUCAAUAAUGGAAAACAUGAAUGUCAGUGUUGCAUGGAAAACUAACUUAACUCAUGACUGAUGUGCAUCAUGGCUGUGUGAUGCAAGGCAGUCAUUUGUGCAAAAAUAACACGAGUUGGGCUCCAAACGCAAAAGUGUACCAUGAUUCCCAGGUUGAGAUUAUUUAGUUAAUAUCAUGUGUAAACACAGAAUCAUGUAAACAUACAUGUACGACAGGGGUGAAGCUGAUAUACACUAACUUAUGGUGGAUAAAGUGACCAAAUAACAAGUUGUCAAAAGUGUGUGUAAUGUGCUUUUUGUGAGGCAGAAUAGGAGACAAACUGUGCAAGUGAUAAACAUCAACUUCUUUUGUAAAGUUAUUAAAUAAAAUUUCUGUUGAUGAACUG